AUGUGCGACUGCUGCUCUUUUGGUCCCCCGUUGGACUCCGAUGCUGACCAAUUGGUCAUCGAGAAGAUGAUUCCGUCAAAGCCAGGAAAGCUUCAGCCGGCCCUCCCCUUGAACGAAAUACAGGAGAUUGCACCUCCUGACGACGUGAAGGCGAAGGUCACCCUUGUUCCCCCGAUCGAUAUGUUCUUUGACCCCAAGGAACAAGCCAUAAUGCUCCUCAUGGAUUUACCGGGAGCCUCGAAGGAUGAUAUCUGCAUAGAAAUUGGAGAGGGUCUGCUUUCUAUUUGUGGGCCCCGGUCAAAAAACGAGCUGAAGGAAAGAUUUGGGGGCCAGCUGCACAUCAUGGCUCACGAGCGACAGACAGGAUAUUACUGCAGACGUUUUCAGCUACCAAGCAAUGCCAAUGAAGACAUGAUCUCGGCGCAAUUCAACGCGGGGGUUUUGGAGUUGAAGUUCAAGUGCGUGCAAUGGCACGAGAGGAGACGCGUUGAUAUUGGAGUUAUUCCGGGGGAGAAGCCGGAAAAAAAAUCGAUUGGGAGGUAG